CGCCCGGCAGGCCCGGAACUGGAGCGCUCGGGCGGCGAGACCGGCCCGGACCAGCGCGGGGCGGCGGGACCCGGCGGGGGAGGAGGGGCAGGGCCGGGCGGGAGGAGCCGCGGCCGCCUUCGCCGCCGCCGCAGGGCAAUUUGCAUAUUUCUCUGAAGAACCUUUAGGAACUUGGGCAGCCUGUCUUCAGACUUGGAAAGAGGGGUGGCCCACGUUGUUUCUCAAAAUCUGGGUCACAGCAGUGGUGUCACCCGCUCCAGGAGGUCAGUUCUGAGGUCGAUGCCCCUCUUUGUAUCUAUCCCUGCAUCUCUUGUGUUUCCGCCGUCACAGCAUUUAUCUGCUGGGCCAGGCAUGGCCACAUGGAACAGGGUGAGCCGGAGGAUGCUGCAGCCUCAGGGGGCCAAGCCAGCCGCGGAGGGGGAGCCACAGCUGCCCACGGGCCGGGAGCUGGCCGAGGCCACCCGCUUCGCCUAUGCCGCCCUCUGUGGUGUCUCCCUGUCCCAUCUAUUUCCAGAACCUGAGCAAAGCUCCUUCUGUGUAGAAUUUGUGACGGGCCUGGUGAAGUGGCUGGAGUUGUCUGAAGCCGUCUUGCCCACCAUGACUGCUUUUGCCAGUGGCCUGGGAGGCGAAGAAGCAGACAUGUUUGCUCAGAUUUUAUUGAAAGACCCCAUCUUGAAGGAUGACCUGGUGGUUAUUAGUCAAGACCUUCUGAGCUUCUCACUCGCAGAUGGGCACUAUGAUGCUCGGGCCAGAGUCCUCAUUUGCCACGUCACCUCCCUGCUCCAAGUGCCCUUGAAGGAGCUGGAUAUCCUGGAAGAGACAUUCCUCGAGAGCCUGAAGGAAACUAACGGGGAGGAAUCUGAAAUGGCCGAGGCAUCCCGGAAGAAGAGAGAAAACCGGAGGAAGUGGAAGCGCUACCUCCUGAUAGGCCUGGCGACCGUCGGAGGCGGAGCGGCGAUUGGAGUGACUGGUGGUCUGGCUGCCCCCCUCGUUGCCGCAGGAGCUGCAACGAUCAUUGGCAGCGCUGGGGCUGCGGCUCUGGGCUCAGUGGCUGGCAUAGCUGUCUUGACCUCCCUGUUUGGUGCAGCUGGAGCUGGCCUGACAGGAUACAAGAUGAAGAAGCGUGUCGGGGCCAUUGAAGAGUUCGCAUUCCUGCCUCUGACAGAGGGCAGGCAGCUGCACAUCACCAUUGCCAUCACGGGGUGGCUUGCAUCCGGCAAAUACCGCACCUUCAGCGCCCCCUGGGCUGCCCUGGCCCACAGCCGCGAGCAGUACUGCCUGGCCUGGGAGGCCAAGUACCUGAUGGAGCUCGGCAACGCCCUGGAGACCAUCCUCAGUGGCCUUGCCAACAUGGUGGCCCAGGAGGCCCUGAAGUACACAGUGCUGUCUGGCAUCGUGGCUGCCCUGACCUGGCCAGCUUCACUCCUCACUGUCGCCAACGUUAUAGACAAUCCCUGGGGUGUGUGCCUCCAUCGGUCCGCGGAGGUCGGCAAGCACCUGGCCCACAUCCUGCUCUCCCGGCAGCAGGGCCAGCGACCCGUCACCUUGAUCGGCUUCAGCCUAGGAGCCAGAGUCAUCUACUUCUGUCUGCAAGAGAUGGCUCAGGAGAAAGAUUGCCAAGGGAUCAUUGAGGACGUCGUCCUGCUAGGUGCGCCUGUGGAAGGAGAAGCCAAGCACUGGGAGCCUUUCCGGAAGGUGGUGUCUGGGAGGAUCAUCAAUGGCUACUGCAGGGGAGACUGGCUGCUGAGCUUCGUGUACCGUGCGUCCUCGGUGCGGCUGCGCGUGGCCGGCCUGCAGCCUGUGCUGCUGGAGGACAGGAGGGUGGAGAACGUGGACCUGUCCUCGGUGGUCAGUGGCCACUUGGACUAUGCCAAGCAGAUGGACGUCAUCCUGCAGGCCGUGGGCAUCCACACCAAGCCGGGCUGGGAUGAGAAGGGUCUCUUGCUGGCUCCAGGCAGCCUGACCCACGAGGAGCCUCACCAGGGGACAGCCACCUCCUCGUCAGGCAAGACCGCCGGCCAGGCUGGGCCAGCCCAGGGCCCCACACCAAGAGAUGCCCCCAUAGCGGCCACAUCCACUGACCCCAGCCAAGCCCAGAUGCCAACAGGGCUGGACCAAGCUGAAGGGGCUUCCCUUCCCAACACCCCCAGCCCCACCGAAAGCCCCCAUGCCUGCAGCCAUGGCGUGGGUCCCAACCCACUGGGCUGCCCCGACUGUGCCAGGGAGACGCAGGGGCCCUAGUGGGGUUGCCGAGCUGCCUUCCCCAGUUUCUAUGUGCCACCCUCAUCCCCUCCAUCAGGGUCUCCCACGGGAGCUCUGAAGGAGGGGAACCUCCAGAAGUGCCUUUCCUGAGCUGAAGGAAUUGAAAUUGGAAGAAGGGGCACUUGUAUGAAGAAAACUUUCCCUCCCUGGGGAAGCAAGGCCAGAGACCUUGAAAAUCAACCAACCAUUGUUCAGAGCCCCGGGACUUGAAACCAGUGGUGGGCUUCACAUCCCAAAUGGGGGAUCUGGCUGUCCAUCAGGAGGUCCAGGGGGCAUUCUGGGGCCAGAGGCCCCCAUUCCUCCACUCUCCCCGGGCUACAGAAAAGCCAGGUUUCCUGCUCUUCCAUCCACAGUCCAGGGUACCCGCAAGCCCCAGCCCUACCUGCUGGCUCCUCCAGGGCUCCUGGGGGUGAUCCUGUAGGCCAGAGCAGUGCAGGUGGGAGGUGGGCAGCUUACAUUCCCUGCUCUCGAGAGAGCUGCAUAUGCACAAGUACUGGGGGUGUCAGUCACAUAACUGUGAUGGGAAUGGUGCCCCUGGACAUAAUUGUGAGGGUGCAUGGUGAAUAAAUGCUGAAUCAGCAUUCACUGUGUGUGGGAACUGGGCCUGGUGACAAGAAUGGAUUAUAAAGGGAAGGAUUUCCUGUAACAGGAACAGGGGUGAUAACAAUAAUCAAUAUAAUAAAUAAUAUUGAUAACA